UAUAAAACCCACAGCUGGAAAACAAGCAGCACUGGCUCUGAGAAGAUGCACCGUCUUCCUCUCUCCCUGCUGCUCUUUGUCCUGUGCUCCAGAGCUAAAGCUGGGGAGAUCAUCGGGGGCAGAGAGUCUAGACCCCACUCCCGUCCCUACAUGGCCUACCUGGAAAUCAUCACUCCCCAGGGUUAUCUAGCCAAAUGUGGUGGCUUCCUGGUAAGAAGGAACUUUGUGCUGACAGCUGCUCACUGUGCAGGAAGGGCUAUAGUAGCGAUCCUGGGGGUGCACGACACAAGACAGAAGGAAGACACGUGGCAGCAACUCAAGGUCAUGAAACAGUUCCCACAUCCAAAGUACAAACACAAGAGGAUGCAGCAUGACAUCAUGUUACUAAAGCUCAAGGAGAAAGCCAACCUGACCCUGGCGGUGGGGACUAUCCCCCUGGCACCCCAAUUCAACACCAUCCCGCCUGGGAGAACGUGCAGGGCAGCGGGCUGGGGAAGAACCAGUGUGUCUGGAUCAGACCCCCACACUUUGCAGGAGGUCAAGCUGAGACUCAUGGAGCCCCAGGCAUGCAGACACUUCGCCCAGUUUGACCACAGUCUCCAGCUAUGCGUGGGCAAUUCCAGGAGGAAAAAGUCUGUGUUCAAGGGAGACUCAGGAGGCCCUCUUCUGUGUGCCGGGGUGGCCGAGGGCAUCGUGUCCUAUGGAAGGCCCAAUGCCCAACCCCCUGCAGUCUUCACCAGGAUCUCCCAUUACCGGCCCUGGAUCAAUAAGAUACUGGAGGAGAAUUGACCUGAAGCUUGGCCAGCCUGAGGGAAAUCUGGAACUGGACCUAAGCACUCACUUGAAGCUGCCUCCCAGGUUCUGCUGAAGUUCUGCCACAUCCCUAAGCCUCAUAAAUCUCAAUAAAGAUGCAGCUACCAGACCUGAAGAAAAGUCUCCUUUUUCUCUCUGCUGCUCAUUUCCCCCAGCAUGAGUGUUGCAGAGUCCUAUGGUA